AUGCGAGAGACAUCAGAGAAGAACAAAUCCGAAUUCAACGAUCAAGCCAAUUCAAGCACUCCGUCACUGAAAGAGCGUUAUCUUAAAAAAAUAGGAGCGUUGAAGAAAGAGAAAACGUGUGCAAGCAAUCAACAGAGGAUUGAAACCACGAACAACAAGACAGUAGAACACGAUGAUAAACGAACGUGUCAAGCCAAAGCGUCAAAAACCCCAAAGAAGAAAAAGGGCGGGGCUGCACUGCAAGGAAAGUCAAAAGACGAGACAGCAUCGCGUUCACAGCUCUACAAGAAAGAUACACGAAGCCCAAAGAAGCACGUGGGAGUAGAAAGUCAGAAGAAUCCGCCGGCAGAGCAAGCACCGAAUAAGCAGAUUUCUGACCAGAAAAAGGAAUCGAAUAAGAGAAAGCUUGAUUCGAUUUCAGACGCGGGCAGGGAAAAGACAGUAAAAGCUAUGCUACGAAAAGAUAAGGAAUUUCAUAUUCCGAGGCCAACAAAGAAAGGCAAAGUGACUUGUCAAAAGAAGACAGAAGAGGAUCCAGCAGAACCACAAGCAGGGAAUUUUCCAUACGAAAUCGAUGAUGCUGAUCAUGCUGAAACUCCAGCCGAGGCCUAUGCAGAUAUUUCACAUGUUUUGGAAUAUGUUGCUGGUAUUCUUAAGAAAGACAACAACACAGUCAAGAUUUAUGAUCCUUACUACUGCAACGGAAGCGUCAAAAAGAGAUUGAUGCGCCAAGGCUUUCCAAACGUUUAUAACGAGCGAGAAGACUUCUACAAGGCAAUCGAAGACAAGAGAAUUCCCUCCCACGACAUCCUGCUCACGAAUCCUCCCUACUCUGGAGACCAUCCUGAACGUCUGAUGAACUUCAUCUCAAGAACAAAAUCGCCAUGGUUCCUUCUCAUGCCCAAUUGGGUAUACACCAAAGAUUACUACAAGGACCUGAUCCUCAACAAGGCCUGCAGUAGCAACCCGCCCUUCUACUACAUUCCCAAAAAACGGUACACCUAUUGGACUCCUCCCUGGCUCCAUUCUUCUCAGUUCGGCGUUUCUACUUCACCCUUCCCGAGCUUUUGGUACAUCCAUUGCGGGAAGCACACAGAGAAAGUCAAGGGAUGGCUCGAGAGCAACGCUAGCGACAGCAUGAUGUUUGCUGGAGGGGUCCAGGACUUGCCGAACGAAGUGCGAGCUGCCUUCGAUCCCAACAAGAAGAGGAAGAAUCCCAAGGCACGAAAAAGGAUCGCCAAGUUGAGGAGAGAAGGACAAGGCGCUGCUGGUGCUCGAUGA